CUACAGAGCCUGGAUCUCAGUUUAUAACACUUCUACAUCAUCUUAAUAUUCCAACACUGAGCUAACACAGAGAAAUAUACCCAGAAAAUGGCUAACUGCAGACAGUUUACCCUAAUGACUCUUGUCUUCCUCAUUGAAGCCAUAGACCUUGCGUUUGACUGGAUCUUUUAUACCAAACUCCAUCAGACGGAAGAUGAAUAUGUCACACAAAAUCUCCACCUUCCCUGGCUCAGCCUGGGGUUUUGUGUUCUAGGAACACUUGUUUUUGUCUUCGAGAUGAUCAACCUCUGGUUUGAAGUCUAUACAGAACGUGGCCCCUGUCUCUAUGUAGACACAGUCUCCAUGGUAACCACUUGGGUUGAAGAUGUGCCCCAGAUCUCCUUGGCUCUGGUGAUAGCUGUACAUCAACACAGCCUCAUACACUGGGUACAGUUUGUUAAGGCCGCCUGGGCUUUAGUGGAGCUGAUUUUCCGUGGGGUAGGACAGUGUCUAUACUGCUCUGUAAUCUCUGAGAGACACAAUAAGUCUGUCAAUCACUGUAUAGCCGUGUUUAAGUUCCUGGCUCAGUUUGUUAUUCUAGGCUGCUCUGUAGCUAUAUAUGUACACCUCCUCAAGUGAUCUAGGCUAUUCUAUAUUUAUAUAUAAAUCAGGAAUUCUGAUGCCUUCUUCUUGAUCAUGGCGAUCUUUUAUGUUGUGUACCUCAGAAUGAGUUCCUCUAAAUUUGAUAACGACUGGGAGACAAAUGUGCAUGCAGCAAUGAUUGUGAUGUAACAAAAAUUACUGUUCUGCUGAAUUUGUAUUUGUUGAAGAACUUUGUUGAAGUAUUUGUUGAAUUUGUAUUUGUUGAAGAACUUUCUUAAACACCUACUUAUUUAAUAAACCAGUUAGUGACUUUUGAUUCUGGACUUCUCAUGACUAAAUAGACCCGGUCAGGUG